CCCUGCCCAGGGCCACCCCGGGCUGGCGGGGCCCCUCGGCAGCUCGGGCGGCUCUCCCUUGCGGCUCCCUCCGUCCUCCGAGCCCGGCCCCAGUUCUGCCCGCGGUCCCGGUUACCGAGCGGCGCGCGUUCCGCCGCCUGGGCACACGUCAGCGUGCUCUGCAGUGGCGGGGUCGGUGGGGAAUGCUGGUGAUCGUGUACCGAAGAGAAACUUUGGCAGCCCAGGACUGAGUGCGGCUCAUCCCUUUUUCAGCACAUGAGUCAGUGCGUUCUGCUGCUGCUGACAAAGGCUGUGGAGCACUUUUCCAGCAGCUGAGCUGCUGAGCCGGGGAUCUCGCACUGCGAGCGCUCUGACAGCCACUGCGUCAUCCCUGAGAGGAGGCCCGCUAUGCCUGUUCAGGGAUAAACAGCUACUAGGGGAAUUAAGCACUGAGACCCAUGGCAGAAUUGAUACCGAAGGUGACUCAGCUGUUGUAUGUAUGAGAUUUGUCCACACACUGGCUCUUCAGACAGGUCUUCCAUAUCUCAAGUCAAGAAGUUCCAUAUCAUGCUAAACAUGGAGAAAGAAGAAAAGAAAUAUGUCAAUAAAGCAGAGGAAGAUGAGAUGGAGAUCUAUGGCUAUGAUCUGUGUCGCUGGAAGUUGGUGCUAGUUGCUGUAGGAGUGAUCUGUUCUGGUGGCUUUCUUCUCCUCCUCCUCUACUGGAUGCCCCAGUGGCGUGUGAAAGCAACGUGCAAAAGGACGGCGCUGAAGGAUUGUGAGGUGGUUCUGCUGAGGACGACUGAUGAAUUCAAGAUAUGGUUCUGUGCAAAGGUUCGCAUUAUGCCUUCCGUGGGAGCCAAUCCUUUACAGAAUCCUAAUCCUAUUGUGCACAAGGUUUCAAAUGGCCAUGCUGUUCAUUUCUCUGAAUCUGCUGCAGAAGAGAAUAAAAAUUAUCCAAGAAUACAUUUGCCUAUUCGUUACUUCACGCAUCACAGUGUGAAGUAUUUUUGGAAUGAUUCAGUUCAAAGUUUUGAUGUUGUACGAGGUCUAGAUGAAUCUACCUUCUGCUCUGCAAUUCAUAAUGAACACAGCACAGGACUGACAAAGGGAAUGCAUGAUUACAGAAAAGCAUUCUAUGGAGUAAAUGAAAUUGCUGUGAAAGUGCCUUCCAUUUUUAAGCUUCUGGUUAAGGAGGUUCUCAACCCUUUUUACAUUUUCCAGUUGUUCAGUGUGAUAUUGUGGAUCACUGAUGAGUAUCACUACUAUGCAUUAGCAAUUGUGAUUAUGUCUGUAAUAUCCAUUGUUAGCUCACUCUACACCAUUAGAAAGCAAUAUGUUAUGUUACAUGACAUGGUAGCAGCUCACAGCAUUGUAAGGGUUUCUGUCUGCAGAGGAAACCAAGAAAUAGAAGAAAUCCUUUCCACCGACCUUGUGCCUGGAGAUACUAUGUUGAUUCCAUCCAAUGGGACAAUUAUGCCGUGUGAUGCAGUACUGCUCAGUGGUACUUGCAUUGUAAAUGAAAGUAUGCUAACAGGUGAAAGUGUUCCUGUCACAAAGAUUAAUCUGCCAAAUCCUUCGGAGUAUCCAAAAGCAGUGGGAGAUGAGAUCUACAGUCCCGAGGUGCACAAGCGGCACACGCUGUUCUGUGGAACCAAUGUCAUUCAGACCCGGUUCUACACUGGAGAGUUGGUCAAAGCUCUGGUAGUGAGAACAGGCUUUAGUACUGCUAAAGGACAGCUUGUUCGUUCCAUACUGUAUCCAAAGCCAACUGAUUUUAAGCUCUACAGAGAUGCCUAUUUGUUUCUCCUGUCUCUGGUGGUGGUGGCAGGCUUUGGGUUUCUGUACACAAUUGUCAAUAGCAUCUUAAAUGAGGUUCCAGCUCGUACCAUCAUCAUCGAGUCUCUUGACAUUAUCACUAUCACGGUGCCUCCGGCACUCCCUGCUGCUAUGACUGCUGGCAUCGUUUAUGCACAAAGGAGGUUGAAAAAAAUUGGCAUCUUCUGCAUCAGUCCACAAAGGAUAAAUAUUUGUGGCCAGCUGAAUCUUGUGUGUUUUGAUAAGACUGGCACACUUACUGAGGAUGGUUUGGAUCUUUGGGGAAUUCAGCGGGUGGAAAAUGCUCGUUUCCUUUUGCCGGAAGAGAGGGCUUGCAGUGAGAGCUUGCUGAAGUCAGAGUUUGUUGCUUGCAUGGCAACUUGUCAUUCCCUUACAAAAAUUGAAGGGGUGCUUUCUGGGGAUCCACUUGAUUUGAAGAUGUUUGAAGCAAUAGGAUGGAUUUUAGAAGAAGCAACUGAAGAGGAAACAGCCCUUCAUAAUCGAAUCAUGCCAACAGUGGUUCGACCUUCAAAACAACUUUCCCCAGAAUCCAAGCAAGCAACAGAUCAAGAAAUGGAAUUGUUUGAGCUGUCGACUGGGUAUGAAAUUGGAAUCGUGCGCCAGUUUCCAUUUUCCUCAGUGUUGCAGCGCAUGUGUGUAAUAGCAAGGGUUCUAGGGGAAAAGAGAAUGGAUGCUUACAUGAAAGGUGCCCCAGAAGUGAUUGCCAGCUUGUGUAAGCAGGAAACAGUUCCUGUUGACUUUGAGCAUGUCCUGGAAGAAUACACUAAGCAGGGCUUCCGAGUUAUUGCUCUUGCUCACAGAAAACUGGAGUCUAAGCUUACGUGGCACAAAGUCCAGACUAUUAGCAGAGAUGCUAUUGAAAGCAACAUGGAUUUUAUGGGGUUAAUUAUAAUGCAAAACAAGUUAAAGCAAGAAACCCCUGCUGUACUUGAAGAUUUGCAUAAAGCCAACAUUCGCACUGUCAUGGUUACAGGGGAUAACAUGUUAACUGCUAUCUCUGUGGCCAGAGACUGUGGAAUGAUUCUACCUCAGGAUAAGGUCAUUAUUGCUGAAGCACUACCUCCAAAGGAUGGGCAGGCUGCCAGGAUCAACUGGCAUUAUGCAGAUACCCUCGCAAAAUGCACUAGUUCAUCACCAGCCAUAAACUCAGAGGAUAUUCCAGUUAAAUUGGUCCAUGAAAGCCUUGAGGAUCUCCAGAUGACAAAAUACCAUUUUGCAAUGAAUGGGAAGUCAUUUGCAGUGAUUUUGGAGCAUUUUCAGGACCUGGUACCCAAGCUCGUGCUACACGGCACUGUGUUUGCUCGCAUGGCACCUGAUCAGAAAACUCAGCUGGUGGAAGCUUUACAAAAUGUAGAUUACUAUGUGGGCAUGUGUGGAGAUGGAGCAAAUGACUGUGGGGCACUGAAGAGGGCACACGGUGGUAUAUCUCUGUCUGAACUUGAGGCUUCUGUGGCAUCACCAUUCACUUCCAGGACACCCAGUAUUUCCUGUGUGCCAAAGCUGAUCAGGGAAGGCCGUGCUGCUUUAGUAACUUCCUUCUGUGUGUUUAAAUUCAUGGCAUUAUACAGUAUCAUCCAGUACAUCACUGUUACUUUGCUGUAUUCUAUCCUGAGCAAUUUGGGAGACUUCCAGUUUCUCUUCAUUGAUUUGGCAAUCAUUUUGGUGGUUGUCUUCACUAUGAGUCUGAACCCUGCUUGGACAGAGCUUGUUGCACGAAGGCCUCCAUCAGGUCUUAUCUCAGGUCCACUUCUGUGUUCCGUGUUGUCUCAGAUCAUCAUCUGCCUUGCUUUCCAAACCUUGGGGUUCUUUUGGGUCAAACAGCAGUCCUGGUACAAGCCUUGGACACCAGACUCUGAUGCAUGUAAUGUGUUGGACACCUGGAACACCAGCUCUGCACAGCAUGGGAAUGAGACUAUUCAUGAUGAACAUUACAUUAAAAAUUAUGAAAACACAACUUUGUUUUUUAUAUCCAGCUUUCAGUACCUCAUAGUGGCAAUUGUCUUUUCUAAAGGAAAGCCCUUUAGACAACCAUGCUACAAAAAUUUUCUGUUUGUUUUAUCUGUUAUAGUUCUUUAUGUCUUCAUAUUUUUCAUCAUGUUGCAUCCUGUUGAACCUAUCGACGCAUUUCUUGAGCUUGUGUGUGUGCCACCGGAGUGGCGCCUAAGAAUUGUCAUCAUUGUUGUUCUCAAUGCAGUUGUAUCCGUAGUGACAGAGAAUGUCCUCCUUGAUAUGAUCCUUUGGAAGGUUGUGUUCAAUCGAGACAAACAAGGAGACUCUCGCCUCACCAUACCCCAGCCGCCUCAGGAGGCUGGGGACCGCUGUGGAGUCUGUUUCCUUUCUUCCCUGUUUGGGUGUAGAGAGAAGACACCAAAAGCCAAGUAUAUGCACCUAGCUCAGGAACUGCUGGUAGAUCCAGAAUGGCCACCAAAACCCAGGACAACAACAGAAGCAAAAGCACCAUCCCAAGAAAAUGGUUCAUAUCAAAUCAUCACUGUAACGUAGCAGUGGAUCUUGGUGGCAUGUAUCUUUAGUAGUAUUCAGAAGAAUGUAAUUUUAAGGCUUUAUUUGAAACUGCAGUGUGCUAAAUGUCAAAUUCCAAUGCAGAUAUUUCUAACUGUUUUGUCUCUCUGAAUACAAAAUUCAGAGCCAGGCGUCUUAUGGCUAUACAUUUUAAAAAUGUAAGUUACCUUAGGCAGAACAAAAAUGAUUGUGUUUCCUUCCACCUUCUUUCAGAUUUCAUUGUUCCUAAAUGAGAUGCAUUUGAAGGUUUAAACUGCAGGGCAGUUAAAACAGGUUCACAUUAUUUGCCUGGAAUAUCUUAAUAGUUGUUCUAACCUGCUUAUCUGGGCAUGUGUUCAUGUAAACCCUAUGAUGUGAUGGUUUCAUGGCUGUACUAGAGGUGCAUAAUAACCUUGUCAUGGUUUGGGGUUUCUUUGUGUUUGUCUUUUUGGUUGGUUGGGGUUAUUUUGUUUGUUUAGUUGGUUUUUAUUUGACUGAUGAAAAGUUUUGUGCCUCAGAACGGUUCAAAAGUUUGUGUGUGUGUACCUCUAAGUUUGUCUCUAUUAGUAAGGAGUGUUUCCAGGUGUAAUGUUGGAGUUCUAAGUUCAAUUCUUUAGUCUGCCACAGCAGGAAUUGGGAAUGCUGUAGAAGCAAUAUGCUCUGUCCUUAAGAAAUAAGCACAUUGCUUUCAUGUGGAUUCUUGACUUCUCUUCUAGCUAACCACAGGGAAUGCUUAGGUGGCCUCCAGGGGAGGAGCCAUUUGGCUACACUCUAAAGUUUUUGGAGAAAGAAGGAUGGAGAAUCUAAACACUUUCUUCUAUGUCGUGUUUUAUUGCGUUUAGCUAUGCAUUUCUCCACAGACCUUGCUUUUUCCAGCAGAAAGGUUGGAUUAUCCCUUUGUGGACCAUGUUUUAUUUGUAAAUCUAAAGAUAAUUUUCAUAUAUACCAUCAAGUAGUAAGGCCAGAGUUACCGCUGCAAGGGAUGUGGGAGUGGGAGGGAGGUAUUGUCACAUGCCCGCAUGUGGGAUUUGUGCACGUUAAGAGCACAGGCAUUUCAAAGAGUCUGCCGAUGUCUUAGGUGCUACAUGUAGCUGUAUGAAACAAAAUUAAGAGAAAAUUGAGCUAGUCUGUCUUGCUGCAGAACUAUAAGGCUUAUGCAGAUUUUAUUUAUUAAAAAAAAAUUUUAAAAUAGAAGCUUGUAUCACCACUAAUGCUGCUUAAGCACUAGGGGUAGCCAUACAUAAUUUUGCCAUGAGGCAGUAUCAGAACACAAGACCACUAGAAAAAUAGGUCUACAAAGAAGUAGAGGCAGACAGCACUUUGACUUGCAAGGCUUAAAACUUUUUUUGUUGUUUUUUGGGGUUUUUUUUUUAACCUACAAAUUACUUAUCUCGAAACCAUUGUCAACUUUGUAAAUGUUUUGAAAAGUCUUCCUCAGUGUCUUUGGGAAGAUGAUAUAUAUUGAGUCUUGAUCAGUCUAUUUUUGACCAGAGGAAACUAACUGAUCGAGACAGCUCCAAGCUUUAGGAGGAGAUCUGGGGUCUGAAGAAGUCACAAUUCUGUAGAGAUCCUUUAGAGAAGGAAGUGGGGUCCUUUAGAGUAGUUGUGGAAUGAGGGCCCCAGACUCACUGGCUGGCUGGGAUUGUUUUGAAGUGUGUAUAUUCUGAUGAUGGAAUUUGAGAUUUUGAUGUUAGGGAUUUUUUUUAUUUCUUUUUUUCCUUUUUCUUUACUUUUUUUUUUCUGGGUUGUCUUGUUUUGUUUUCUUCUUUUAAAUUCCUGUGGAGACAAUUCCAUUCCAGCCUUGUUUUAAUAAGCAGAAUUUUUCAGAUCAGGCCCAAUUCCCUUGUGCUGUUCUGUAAAACAGUAUGGAUAGUGUGCCCUGCUGCUCAUAGAAUCAUUAAGGUUGGAAAAGACCUUCAAGAUCAUCAACCAUUAACCAUGUUAAUGUCAAUCAUGUUGUGGUUUCUGCAGUGUUGAAUAUACUGUGCCAACAGGGAAUUUAAAAGUGGUGCUAAAUGGUUUGGAAGACCUUUUCCUAGAACUUGGUUGUUGAAGUUAUUGCUCCUCCUAAAUAAUAUGCAUAUGGGUGUACUAUCUUCCAGUCCAGCUGUCAACUCUUUUCCUGAUUUCUCUUGUUGUUGUUUGUUUUUGAGGAGUGGAGCAGGGGGAAAGGGGGAAGUGGUUUUCUUAGCAUUCAUUCAACAGAGCAAUGUUCUUAUUAUCCUGGCUUCAUAAGGUCAUAAACAUUGAACAACAGUGGUGGCUUUUAAAGGGUCUGCAAACAUUGGAUACAUUAAUUAGUCGUGAACCUGAGUCAGUUGGCUAAUUUCUGCCAAUGUUGAUUUUACAAAAUCUUUGUAGCAUGGAAUAACUGAUGAAGAAUAAUUCUUAGCUGCGUAAGUAGUAUUCAAAUCUAAACAAAAAUAAUAUUUUAGUUGAAAAAUAUUGUGAAGCUAUGCAUCUUGGACCUGGGAGCUGUGACUUAUCCUUAAACGCAUAAGCUUCUGCUUUCCAUUUCACUGACCAUUUUAGAUUUGCUGUUUCAUGAGAACUGAAAGGAAAUAUUUGUGUCUAUCCCUUUUAGAUGCUUUUGCUUAGUACUUUCCUAGACUGAUAAUUUUUCUUGGCUUCUUUGGUUUCUGAAGCUAGUUUUUUGGUCUUAUUCUAGUUUAUUAGACUUACCUAGAAAGUGAGGAGGAAAACAGCUCAUUAAGGUGGGCUUGUCUUUGGAGAACGUUUUAGGGAGCUCUUACUAACACAGAAACUGCCAAGUGUCUCCACUUAACUGAGUGACUAAUGGCUUAUGAGCGCAGUAAACUUCAGUGUUUUGCAAAUGGGAGCUUGUUUCCUCCAGGUCUGAGUUCAGGGUUGGUAAAUGUUCCUGGGUUGCAUGCUUGAGCUCUGACGCUUAGUCAAGAAUAAUAAAUCAGCUUUUCUGAGAAUCCAUCUUGUUAUUGCAAGUUCAGCCACAAAAUAAGCUUCUGCAUUUUCUGCAAUUAUUGGGAUUUAUGCCUUCCUGCCCAAGAGCUGAAUUUGACCACCUAUCAUUUUUCUCAUUUUGAGCAGUUUAGUUUUUCUGGUUUUCAGAAAUGCAGCAAACUAGAUCUGGACUAGUGUAUUCAGUUUAUGUUUUGAAGUAAGGUGAAAUUAAUUUUGUAGUGACAAAAAAUCUCUUUCAGUGUUCAUCUUGGAAAUCUAAAUUCAGGUGAACAGACCAAGUUAGUGAGCUCCACUAGAUACUGGGUAGACAUUUUCUUCCUGCUGUAUAUUUUGGCCUUAUGUUGAGGAGUUUGAUUUAUUCUUAAAUUAUUUGUGUAUGCAGACUUCAAUCUGUACGUAUUUUAUUUUGAUGUAUUAGGAUUUGUAAAUAUUACUGAUUUUUAAAUAUUAUUUAUGCACAUACUUAAAGGACUGGUCUAUCCAGAAAAGCAGUUGCUAAAUAAUAAAUGUUACUUUUUAGAAAUAAAUUACAAGAUCAUGAAAUUGUAUAUCCCUCAGGGUUAUUUUUAAAGAUUUUUUUUCCUUCCUUUCCCUUCAGAUUCAAUUAGCAGUAACUCUAGUUUCAUGUACUAUAGAACUAAAUCUACUGUAAAAAGAAAAUGCUGCAAAUAAUGCUUGAAUAGAAGCGGCUGAAAAAACCCACAGAACUGACUGUCCGUAUUCAUCGUAACUUUAAAUUGGGGAAACUCUUACUCUUGCACUUUUAAAAAAGUUGUUGGAUUUUUAAUUCUAUUUAUUUUCUUCUUUCUUCAUGAAGGUUGUGCUGAACAGUCAUCCCAAAUUGGGUAAAUAAUCCUGUACUGUAUAUGUGUAUAUGCAGUAUAAUACUAAGCAGAUGUGGAGUCCUUUUUAUGCUGCAAAUUUUUAAUGCUUAUGUUGGUCAUCACAAAAUGAGAGAGCUCAAGUCCUGUAGGAUUUCUCCCAUGAAAUUCUGAAUUGUAAACUUAGGGUUUUGUAUGUCUAAGGGAAAGCUGUGGGUUUUUGACAAUUUUUAGAGUCUUGAAUAUGUUGAUUUUAUAUACAGCAAAGCUUCAGGUUUUUAAAACUAUUUUCAACAAACUGCAGCUUGUUUAAUAAUUAUGUGAACCAGAAACUACUCAGUUUGUCAUUAAUUCCUCAAGCCUAACACAGAUUAAAAUGUUCAUCAUUACAGCAUUCUCUAGAAGCUCAGCUUCCUUUUAUUUUUAAAUCUGAAAUGAUACUACAUCUUUGUAUUUAAAAUAUGUAUUGCUGCUCUAGAAUGGUACCCUGUUGUCAAGAGGCAUACAUAAAUAACUGAAUAACUGUACAAUAGAAUUGUAAAUAAACUUGUAAAUCAUUUUUGUGACUGAAGCUCUUUGAAAAUAAAAUUAAAAUGAAUGGA